ACUUGUCAGUUUAAAAAAACGUAAUGCCAGACGGCAGUGUUUUGUCGAAAAUUUAAUCAGUUGAGUUUGUCAUCAAGCAUUUUUGAUCGUUUUUUGAAAAAUGAGUACCGCAUUUUACUGCAGCGAAGCUAUACAGUUAUAUGUCCACAAUUCAAAAACAUUACUCCUGCGACUGGAUGACUUUGUUGGAGAACGAGACACCUGUUUCAUCGGUUUGCCAAGUACCGAUUAUUCUGAUAAACGACGAGAAAAAUUUCGAUUUUAUACGGUGCUCAAUUACUCCGACGACGUCGGAAACGAAUUCGGGCUGUGGAUCUAUGUGUACCAUCCCUCGUUUAACUACAAAAUCCAGGGCUGCACAUUCCGCGUGAUCAAGGGAAUGAAUGCCAUUGUACUGCCACCAACUACGGUUUCGGAUGCAGUUGUCGGUAUUUACCGAUCGCCAUGCUACGACAUUGUAAACAACGAGGGCAUUCUCGACUUUUUGAUACAUUUCCCCAAUAUGACAUUCGAGACAUCCGAACUAAGCGACUGGCCCGUUCAAAGCGAAGAUAAUGACGGUGGUGCAGCUCACACCGAUGCACCGGUAACAGCUAAUAGAAUGGAGGAGGUCAAUCUCGGCGAUGAUUUAUCGACAGCCUUCAAGGAAAUGAUGAAGCAGACGGACUACGAUGUCUAUUUCGUGGUCGAUGGGACAAGAAUUGGAUCGUUUAAGUUUGCAUUGUGUGCCGUUUCGGACGUAUUCAGAGCCACAUUCAAAAACUACACACAAGAAUCUCAAUCCGGUGAGAUUGUAAUUCAUGACUUCGGGCACAAUAUUGUGCAGAUGUUUGUCGAUGCGUUGCAUACGCACAAAAUCUAUUUUAACGAUGAUCCAGUCGUGACAUUAGAAUUGGGUAUGCUAGCCAACAAAUACAAUGUCGAAUGCAUUGAAAAAGCAGCUAAGGAAGCCUUCAACGUCAUGGAUGUUAACCGGCAUAACUUUGUCGAUGUUUACAGGCUAGCAGCUUAUGACAAGGGAAUUAUGGACCAACUGAUGCGACGAUUUAUUGAAAUGAGGGUCGACACCAACGACAUCGUGGGCUUCGAAGAACUCACCGACAAAACGAAAAUCGAUUUCUACCGAUCUGCUCAUCAAAAAACAAUUGGCAAAUAAAUCGAUGUAACAUGUGAUUCGCUUUGUAGUAACCUGACAAGACAAGUUCUGAAUUUAAUCCGAUAUAAUCGGAACUCUACUGUCAAGUUCCGAACAUAUUCAAUUUAUAGAUCGUAUUUUUAUGGUUGGGAAUGUAAUACUAAUUGACAAGAUUAUCAAUAAAUCUAAUACA